AUGUCGCAGUGUCCUUUGGAUGGGGUUCUGCCACCGAGGUCGGCCAUCUUGUGGCUUCCAGGCGGGGCCUUUCUCCUUCGUGUCCCCACGUGUCCCAUCUUUGCUCAGCGCAUCUGGAGCGCGCUCUUGGCCGCGGAACUUCCGCGACUUCCAGGGAUUCUGGAACUGAGAUACACCUUGCCCGCUGAUGCCGACACCACGCUUGUACAAGUCCAAGAUGCCUUGCGGUACCUGCGGAAUGAAGGCUACGAGAAGGUCAUUUUGGCCGGUGACUCUGCUGGCGGCUACCUGUCGCUGCGAGCGUUGCUCGAAGGCAGCGAAGGUGUUGUGGGCGCACUGGCCAUUUGUCCUUGGCUGGAUUUGGCACUCUCAGCGCCAUCUUUGCAAAGGAACCGAUCCUUUUGCUUCCUCUCCCCCAGCUGGCUUCAGGUGGGUCGAGAGCGCUUUCUACAGCGGCUUUCUUCAUCACCGAGCAAGGGCCUGGAGUUAGCCAGGAAGUUCUCUCUCACCCAGCUGACUGAGCUCCAACGCUUGAAGCUGUCAAAGCUGCAGCAAACAGGUGGCUCAAGUCCGGUGCUCCUCGUGGCUGGCGAACUGGACGCCUUGUGCGACGACGCAUCGGCUCUGGCAGCAGUUUCGCCGGGCCUCGUGCAGAGCGUGGAAGUAGCAGGAUUUCAUGAUGCCUUACUUCUUCCACUCUUGGGUCAUCCAUCCCAUGCCUUGGCGUAUGAGAAGAUGGCCAUUUGGGCGUUGAAGCUCUUGAGGUGA